UUUUAAGGGCCAGAUCGGUGGUUAGAGUGGCUCACGAUCACGCACAAUCCACGGUCACACUAUCACGCAGCUACUGCUAGGCCAUGGCCGAGGCGAGCAAGCGCAUCGACCUCGCCGCGCCGCUGCUCUCCGUGCGACGCCACGGCGGGUUGGGCGGCACGUUGCGGUACGGCGAACGCGGUGACGAUGCCACGCCCGGAGGCGUGCCGUUCGGGUGGGAGCGCCGGCCCGGCCACCCCAAGGGCGUAUGCACGACCCAGAGCGCGCCACCGCUGCCCGGGCCGGACCAGGAGGCCGCGGUGCGGUUCUCGGACGCGCUCUCCCGGCCCGACAGCUGCUACACCGUGAGCUGCAGCGACGCGGCCGGCGCGACGGUGUCGGCGUCGGCGUCGGCGGCCCCGAGCCCCCGGGGCAGCGUCAUGAUGGACCGCUUCUUGCUGGCGGCCAAGGAGCAGUGCGUCUUCCGGAAGGCCGCUGCCGCUGCUGCCAAGACGCGUGCCAGCCACAGGUUGCCGGAGCGCCUCCCUGUCCAGCACCUGCCGGCGAGCCACGUGCAGCGUAGCCAUGUAAAGGACACGGACGACAACGGGGAGGAGGAGGAGGAGGAUAAAUGGGAGGUGCACAGCACGGCGGGCUUCGCGUCCAAGAGAAAGUGCGGGCUGCUCCCCGCCCGGUGUGCCAGGAGCGCCCUGCUGCUCCUGAACCCAGCGCGGUCCACGAUGAGGCGCCGCCGCCGCGGCGCGCGGCGCCUCCUGUCCGGCUGCGGCAGCAGCCGGCGCGAGACGAACCCGCUCCUGCCGCGGAUCGGGCAUCAGCACCCUGAUCACGACGCUGGCACGGUCACGCGAAGCAGCUGGGAGGAGGUGUACAUCAGCUCACUCCGGCGAUCGGACCGAGGCGCCGUCCAUCCCAAGGCCACCCAUCUCGGCUUGCUCCUGGUCCUCGACAGGGCCGACGGCGGUGCGGCCUCGCCGCUGCCGCCUCCCAAUCCCAAGUGCGGCAGACCGCCGACGGCGAAGGCGAACGUCCGCGGGCUCAACGCCGUCGGCCAGGGCUUCCCACCGCCGCUACCUCCCUCGCAGGAGAGGACCGUGGCUCGCCGUGACGACAAGAUGGUGCUCGCAUUGCCGUCGCCCAAGACGCCGUCGGAGUCGUGGCUCUCGCGUACGCUGCCGACCGUGUCGUCGAACAGGCUGCCGGCCACUUCGUUCAUGGGGCUCCACGUGCAGCAGCUCAGGAAUCAGCGCGCUGCGUCUCGCUGGUGCUCCAGCGAUCAGGCCAAGGUUGUCGAUCAUGGCGCCAGGGGCGGGCCACGGCAGAUACGAAUAUAUGAUCUGCACAAGUGACAGUCUAGCUAGGUAGUUUUUCUACGAGCACUGGAGUUGUCCAUGUCUGGUUAUGUGUUCCUCUACAGGUCAAAACCAUAAUGCUCAUUCCCUCAACAAAAAACCAUAAUGCCCAUCUGGUUUACAUACUUCUAGUAGUACAUCCUAGCAGGUGCUAUGUGGAUCGUGUUGAUAUUGCUCAAGUAACUGAAGCUUUAGCAGCUCUAAGACAUGCUCUGCGUACGAAGGG